AUGGGUGUACAAGCACGUACACAAUAUGCACCCCCAUUCGGACUGACAUCUGAAUAUGCUCACCCUGCUGAAAUAUUGUUUCUUGGCUUUGCUACCAUUAUUGGUCCUGCCAUCACUGGGCCCCAUUUGAUGACUCUCUGGUUGUGGAUGGUACUUAGAGUCCUGGAGACGGUUGAGGCACAUUGUGGUUACCAUUUUCCAUGGAGCCUCUCAAACUUUAUACCUUUGUAUGGAGGCGCUGAUUUUCAUGACUAUCAUCAUCGUUUGCUUUAUACCAAGUCUGGCAACUACUCAUCAACUUUUGUUUACAUGGACUGGAUAUUUGGUACUGAUAAGGGUUACAGAAAGUUGAAGGCACUAAAGAGUAGUGACGAUGAAGAUGAUAACAAGCAGACAUGACGAUAGAAAAUUCUUUUUAAAUGAGCUUGACAUUUAGAAAAUGGGUUCCCGGAUAAAGGGCAUCUUGGAAAAGGUUUUGUUCUGCCACCCCUGCCCCAUCUUGUGUGCAACCAUCAUGUAGUUGUUCAUGUUUAAGCGUGUAGAUGUGGAAUAAUUAAAGAUUUCUUUGAACAUUUUGCUCUUUUGUUCAAUACAUUAAUGAAGUUUCUGUGCUAAAAUUAAACUUUUUCAUUC